GAACCUAAAUCUGAUGAAUAUUGCAUCAGAUGAUGAUGAUGGACUUACAAGUCUUGAAUCACCUGAUGGAGAUGCUGUCCAGCAUAUCCCCAGUGGGAAAAGUGCUUAUGCGGCUGAGGAGGUUCAUGAGGGUAAUGAUCCUCAAAAGCAUGCUUAUGAAAGGAAGCCAAGGAAGAGGACCUCUCCAAUUUGGAAUGACUUUAAGGAAUUACUACAAUUUGGUAUGAAGAAAGCUCAGUGCAUUCACUGUAAAUCUAUCAUUGGCAUUCCUGCUUCGGGCGCCACAACUCAAUUUCAUAGGCACUUGAAUAGCUGCAUUCCACGCAUAGCAGCUAGCAAGAAGCAGAAGGUGAUUACAUUUGACUCUGAUUGUAGCAGUGUGGGCUCCGCAUCAUGUUUUACUUAUGAUCAUAAGAAGAUACUUGGUAUGGAAGUGGAUUGGAACUAUUCUGGAAGUGUUGUAUUUGGAGGAAGUUUUUGUUAGUAUUUUGU